AUGGCUAAUGAUCUUGAGGUUGGUUUCUCUUAUAAAUCUGUGAUAAAUAUCACAUUGCCAGAUGUCAGUCAGUGGGAUGAGACCACCUGCCCACAACUUGUUUGCCCGCAUCCACAAUGCUGGGCAACAGUCCGAAGGCUUCAGAGGGGCCAUCCUCGAAUUCUUCAGCCAAUUUCCACAGCUCCUAAGAAAAGUGAAGAUGAACUGCCAACUCUAAAGAUAGUAGACUUAUCUUUACCUGAUUCUUUCGUUUUGGCCAAGAGAAGCAGUGAUUCGGUCCCAUUCUUCAAGCAUCCUUCUUCUUUGACUGAAGACUCUAAAUUUAGUUUGGAUUUACAAAGCAGUUUGGAAGGAGCACAUUUUCUAGGAUUCAAAUCUCGGAGAGGCUUCCGUGGUCAGUGUUUUGCCCAGAAGCCUCAAAAACCUGCCAAACUCCCAGUAUUGAAUUUGAAUGCAACACGUCUUCCAAAAUGUUCUGAUGGUGGGAAUUUGGUUAUGGUAUGGAUCCCAGAUGAACAAGAGAAACACAAGAAACCUGACCAGAAGCAUAGGACAGAACUGAGCCCGGAUCAGAAAUCGUUUGUACCCUUGAAGAUCAGCAAAAUUAUACCAUGCCAGGAGGGGAUCAGUAAGAGAGAAGCUCAGAAGAAAAAGAAAUCGACAGAAGUCCCUACUGGUGGGCAGCCCUGUUCCACUCAGUUGAUGCAUCGAUGGCUAAGGGUGCCCCCACCAUCUCCAGUCACCCCACCUUCACAUCUGGAACGCUUGCCUUCCUGGGCCUUCACAUUCCCCAAGCGUUCGUUAAUAAGCCCUUUGUCUGAUGGAGAGAAAACAAUUUCGAGGAUGGACCAACUGGACAGAAUAAGUGAAGAGAACCUUGUAAAGAAAGGGCAUCAAUUUAUAUUGUCUAAGACAAAUAUGAUUCUGGCCGUGCACAGAAUAAACCUUCAGAGUCCAGUGUUGAGAUAUCCAGCACAUAGAAGAGAAUUACAUUACAGAGUGGCCAAAAUAACUCCUAGGCUGAAGAGAAAAGGUCUCAAGAUGCCAGAACGGAAAACUGACAACAUUGACAGAAAGCCAGGCUUUUCAAAGAGUGAGAUACAGCAAACCUCAGAGAUGGAGCUCAAAGAGGAAUUCGAGAAGAGCAGGCAGCUUUUAGAGUUAAAUCACCUUUCCAUCAAUGACACUUUCCUGCCUCAAAAGGACAGUAUUGUCUCAGCCAAGGAAGAGCGGAUCAAGGAAGACAACAUAAUUGACCAGCCACAAGUGCAGGAGCCUGCAGCUCAGGAAGUGGAGCCAGAGGAAGCUUCUGAGGCUCCCUUGGCUGUCGAAGAAAAGAAGUUGAAGGAGGCACCUUCAGAGCCCAUACAGAUUCCUCAGGCUUCUAAUGAGCAAGAGGAGGUGCCACCUACCUCACCAUCUAGCCGAGAGUGAGGAUAGGAUUUUGAAGAUGUCAGUUAUAUUUGUCGGCUCCAUCCAAGAGGAUGUCCUCUCAGGAUCAGAUUAACUCCUCCACUUUCCUGUGGGGAAAGGAGUUAGUUUCUCCUUUCUCUGGAGCCCUUAUGUAGGCCUGUGCUGUGACUACUUACCUUCUCUCCCUAUCUCUUGUUUCUGGUAGGUGGCAGGGUAUUAAGAAAAGGGCAGGGGCUGGAGAGUAGGCUCCUCUAAGCCUAGGAAGGUUGUGUUAAUCAAAUCUGGGUUGUUGUUCUG